CCCAUCGGUUGUAUACCGUUCGAGAGAGAGUCUGAUCCAAUGGCUGGAUAUGAAUGUUCUGUCGAACCUAAUGAAGUGGCUCAAAUGUAUAAUCUCAAGCUGAAAAUACUCGUCGAGGAGUUAAACAAUAAUCUACAAGGUUCAAGAUUCGUCUACGGUGACGUUUUUCGCAUUGUUUAUGAUAUUAUACAAAAUUAUUCAUCUUACGGUUUUGAGAGUGAGAAGAUUCCUUGUUGUUCGUUAGUUGGGAAAGUAGGUGGGCUGAUUCCAUGCGGCCCGCCUUCAAAAGUAUGUAUGGACCGUUCCAAAUAUGUAUUUUGGGAUCCUUACCAUCCUACCGAAGCUGCUAACAUCAUCAUUGCUAGGCGUCUACUCUCCGGCGACACCUCCGAUAUUUAUCCGAUCAAUCUCCGGCAACUCGCUAACCUCAAGAUAUAUGCAUGAAGCGUAGAAACCCCCCCCCCCCAUCUAUAUAGGGUUGAGCGGGUGGCUAUUGGUGUUUACAUUUCGAUCUAAUUAAAUAUGUUUUGUUUUCUUAAUUGAUACAUUGAUAUGCUUUUAAUAUUUUUGUAAUCUCUUGAAAGGUUAAGUGUAGCUGGCUUUAGAUUUUUUAUUUAUUUUUUAUCUAUAUAUACAUUUUUGCA